AUGGAUCUUAAAGCACAAAAGGCACAGAGACGAGUACUAAGGACUGCAUUUACCUUAAUCGCAAAUAAGAUAGAAAGUGAGCUUAAGAAUGAUGUAGUAGAUUUAGGAAAGAUUUCGUUGCUACAAGUGCAAUUGAACGAUAGAUAUUUAAGAUUAGAAGCGGUGCAAGAAGCAGUGUCUGGAGCUUUGCUACAGUUAGAAGAUGAUGGAAGAGAGUUCGAGACUGAUUUCACUGAGGCAGAAGGCUACCGUGAAAGGUAUUUAGAAUACUACUCUCUCAUCGAUAAGAAGUUGAAAGAGACUGUUAUUUCUGAAGUGCCAGACACACCAAGAAAGUUCAAGUUGCCGAAGCUCGAACUGAGGAAAUUGGAUGGAGACCCAAAGGAGUUCCUUUCGUUUUGGAGCCAGUUCCAAAAAAUUCAUGACGACCAGGACAUCCCUGACGAAGACAAGAUGCAGUAUCUUGUGGCUUCAGUCGAACCCAAAUCAAAGGCGGAGAGACUCAUUCUUAGUUUUCCGGCUACUGCAGCGAAUUAUCCUAAGGCAGUGACACAAUUGAAAGAGCGGUUUGGAAGAGAAGAUCUGCUCGUCCAAAUUUAUGUUCGGGAUCUUCUGACAAUGGUUAUGAAGAAUGCUGUGUCCAGUAGAGCAAAAACAGACCUUUCAAGACUAUAUGACGAGUUGGAGGGAAAGCUGAGAGCCCUGGAGAGCCUAGGACGAAAAAAGGAAAAGUUCGGCGGUUUCCUAGUCCCCCCUGGUUGA